AUGGUUGCCCGGCCUCGCCUCGACACUGUCCUCGGACGCCCUUCCAUCGACAGCCUGGAGCCGGACUUCUCCGAGAGGCCGACGAGCGCGCGUGAACAGCCUGGUCAAGUCUCCCGUCAGUGCUGCCGACUCGGACGCACCCUCGCGUCCGUCGCUUUCAGAGACCUGGCUACUAGGCAGGCGGCGGUCGCGCAGUCGGACGCGCACGCAGUACGCUCCUUCCAGCUUUCCUUCUCCGUCCGUUCCUGCGCCAGAGGAGCCGGAUUUCCCCCAUAUCUCCGUUUUCAGGUAUGUCACGCCUCCGCCGCUACACCACGCCCGUUGACCUCUCGCAGGAUCCCAAAUCAAUUUGAGUUGCAUGUAUGGAGCCAGUCUGUCAAAAUGACACGGCCCCCCGGCUACGAAACUCCCCGCUCGUUGCCAGUGUUCGACACGCACAGCAAGAUAUCUGGGACGGUGCUCCUCGACUCAGGGUUGACCGCGAACCCAGGUCGCCUGACCAUCUCUAUGGAAGGCGCGUUCGUGUACAUUUCACCACCCUCGUCGGCCAGCAAAACCUCAGGGAAGGUGCCUGCCUCAGGGAUGCACCGCCAUGUGUUCAUCCAGUCAAGCAUGGUCGUCCCCGUCGAACAGCCUCAGAUGACGAGGCAGCGCUCAAACUCCUCGUUACGAGAGGCGUUUACAGCAACGGUUGCUCCCCGUAAGCUUAGGCGACGGCCGAGCGAAUCCAGCGUGGCUUCGGGCGUGCUCAGACCAUAUCCGUUCACGCUCGAGGUCCCGCCAUCCGGGCAGCUGGGCGAGGAACUGCCGCCAACGUUCUCCGCCGUAGUGGAGGGCCUCGUAGGGCCCCGGGGCCGAGCGUAUGUCGAACGAUCUGAGAUCACAUACAAGCUUGUCGCGACGUGGGAGGGCAGAUCAGACGCGCCCGGCGGUGAUGCGAAGUUGUCGAUCGAAGCCCCGAUCAUAUUCGAGCCUGACCGCGACUUUGAGUCGCUCGACGGGCGGUCGCGCGACAAGGAUACAUGGCUCGAGGCCACAUUGCACCCAGAACGUCCCGUCCCAUUCACAUGCGCGGUCGCAAUCCCGGAAGCUGCAUCCUUCUCACGCUCCUCUACGAUCCCUUACUACGUCGUCUUCACCACGACGCCGCGCUCUGCCACGCUCGCGCGCGAGAUCGUGCUCGACGCGACGAUAACCGUCGCGCUCGUGCGCCAGGUGAACAUCGAAGUUCCACCGGGCUCGCCAAUCUCGCCCUACCUUUCCUCGCCGUCUCUCUCCGGCAGCGACGACGCGACCUCCGUCAUCCUCGCGCACAAGACGCGGCUGCUCAAGCGCCUUGUGAACAGCGCACCGCCGCGGCUCCCGCGCCGCGGGCUCAAGCUGUCCUUCCCCGUCCUGGGCCACGCGCGCAGGACUCCGAGCGAGGUGGCCAUCCCACCACCGCUUGUUGAGGAGGAGGGGUACCAAGACGAACGUACAGUGUACACGGAUGUCUACGCAGGCUUUCCGAAACGGCCAAGGCUGAGGACGGAGCCGGGUCGGAAGCAUCCGACCUUGGACGCGACGGCGAUGCUCCCGGAUGGACUGUACAAGGCGAAGAUGCAGCUGCACCCGCAGAUGAUCCCGAGCAUUAACUGGGCGGAUCUGGUCGUCAAGUACUACCUUGAAGUGUCGGUCGUCUUCGGGCAGGACGAGACACGCGCGCGAGUCCCCGUCCGCAUAGCGUGA